AUGGGUGACCAUAUUUCGGGCCGUGCAGAGGCCCUAUUAGCGUUCAUUAUCAAAAAAUAUCCAGAUGCGUACAAGGAGUUCACCGAGGUGAACCCUGAAGUAAACCCCACCGUUUUCGAUACGGACAGCCCCGCCUCACCGGACUGUCCAAAAAGCAAUCCAUGUGACCAGUGGCGGCUGGUGGGUUAUCGAACUGGUGGUUCACUUUACUAA